AUGCCUAAUAUUGUAAAUAAGGUGUUCAAGAAAUACAUGUACCCCGCCGUCCUCAUAAGUUGUGAAUUUCUGGACAGUCACAAAAACCCUAUCACCACUUUUACUUUUCUUGUAUUCAACGCGUCUCUGAGUUCUGAAUGGCUCCCUUUUGGACUUGUUGCCUAUAUCAUCGCUGUCUACGCUGUCCACCAUUUCUCGCGAUGGUUGAAAGAGGACACCGCAAGGGAGGCAAAGCUCGAAAUCGACUUCCCGCAGACUCAACUUAUACAUGAUCAACCAACGCUUCCCUUUUGCAGUGUACACGGAGGACACGGAGGCACUCCAGUUCUGCUCAUCGGUCAUCACAUAAUUAAUUCAUCAAGGCGUUUGUCCGUUACGACACAAAAGGCAGAUGCCCUGUAUUUUGUGGCACGGCAGGCCUCGGCUACCUUGGAUGAGCUCGCCCAGAUCUCAUCUGACUUGAGAGUGCUGGAUGCACGCAUACGGGGUGUCAUACGGAGCUAUUCGAGGCUUAAGACGAGGCUACAAUCCUACGCACCAGAGCGACAACUAGAAGCUGCUGAGCGUUGGGUGGCAGAUACCGACGGAGACUUUCCUCCAGUUGCUGUGUGCCCUGCUGAAGAAGAUUCUUUCAAGUUGGGCAUGGUGGAAGAGAUUAAUUAG